AUGGGUGAUGAUCCUCAUCAUAGAGACAGACUUGCACAUGCAAGAGUUGGGUCCUACUUUUUAGGACCCAAGGCUGAGAACUUUCAUAUCCUGAGUGAACUCAUGGGCAAAGUAUUGGAAGACCAGAAGACAGUGCGCCAAAAUCUCUACCACGAUGAUCCUGAAUUUAUCACGUCUUCGAUGAUGCAAGCGUCGACGUAUACAGAGAGUAUUGACGAGCUUCGAGGCUAUGUCAACACGCUAUCAGAGAAGCUUGCAUUGCAUUCGAUCCCAUUUUGGUCGCCUCGAUACAAUGCUCAUAUGAAUAUGGAUGUCGCAUUGCCAAGCAUCAUUGGGUACAUGGCGACGAUGAUGUACAAUCCCAACAAUGUCGCAACUGAAGCAAGUCCUUUGACUACAGAGAAGGAAAGGACUGUUGGAAAAGACCUCUGCAAAAUGCUAGGUUACAGAAAGAGAGGAAAUGUUACGCCCUGGGCCCACAUUACUUGUCCAAUCCUGAAGCUAUCUGGGCAAAAAUGUAUUAUUCGCAAUAAGAUCGAGCCCGAUUUCCACGGAUUCGUCAUGCAAGGUCUCGACCAGAUUCAUCUUGUUCAUAUACCCAUGUUUCACAUGGCGAACCACCGCUGGCAGCUCAUUAUAACAGCCGACUUUCCUGAGGAUGCUAAACAGCGUUACCAGCAGCUCCGCAAGGAGAAUCCAGAUAAAUUCUACACUGUGGCCAAUACGGAAAAAGAACUACUUGAAGACAUGGUCAAAUCUGGCGCUGACAUCACAUGGCGCCUCGAUGAAGGCAUACCGAAAGAUGGGCAAGAACCUAUCAUGACCUUCAAAUUGUCUAACAUCCGUGUGGUGGUUCAAGAGUCAAUGUUCUUCAACGCGCUUGAUCAAACUUAUCCUGACCGCAUGCCUUUUUACUUAUACGGUAGCAAGGCUGAAGCUCACCUUGAUCAUGUACUCAAGAAGGCUCCCAACGGCAUGAUCAGCGUCGAUAAUGUGAAGUUGGCUCUUGAGCCUGAGUUAAGCGAUGAGCAGCUUGCCCGGGGCGUUGUUGCAAUCCUUGAAGAUGUCUUUGAGAAUGCCAUCCAGCCAUUGCCACUUGAUGGUUCAAAUAUCUCUCUCGCAGCUCCUGGUCUAAAUUUGGCACCAGGCAAAACACACAAAGCGUCUGUAUAUGAGAGCUAUGAAGCUUUCAAGGGCGGAAGCGCACCUAUUUCAAGGGGUGACAUUACAUUAGGAGGGUAUGUCUUUGCAGACUGGGCGGACGUCAACAUGGAUCCAGCUGCGAAACCAUGCCAUGAGCUCAAGAACUGAGAGAAUCGCUUGGAAGGAUUUUACUAUGUACAUUGAGCAUGUAGC